AUGUUGACGCCCGAAUCCAAUCAAAGUCCUGAGAACCUGAAGCUGGCUUACUAUCUCGGAUGGUGCGUCGAAUUGCUCUUCGACAGCAUGAACAUCGCUGACGACAUGAUGGAUGGCGGAAAGACGAGGCGCUUCAAGACUUGCUGGCAUCUCUUGGAAGACGUCAAGAUGAGCGCCAUCAACGAUGCCUUUUUAAUCGAGAGCUGCGUUUAUUAUCUCUUGCGCAAGCAUUUCAGCCACCUAAACUGCUACUUACAACUGUUGGAACUCUUCCACGAAUCGGCCUUUAUUGGUUUCUUAGGCCAAGCCUUGGACGUGAAGUUCUCACAGAACUUCUUCGACAUCACAAUGAAGAACUACGAAGUCAUUGUGAAGAACAUCAGUUCGCAUCUCGCGAGUUAUUUUCCAGUUGUCUUGGGAAUGAUUCUGGCCGGAUAUUCAACUCCGGAAACACUAAAGAAAGCCAAGCUGAUUCUCACUGACUUGGGUUACUUUUAUAUAAUUGAGAACGACUUUAUGGAUUGUUUCGGCGACGCGAAAAUCAUCGGGAAGAUCGGAAGAGACAUUCAGGAGGGAAAGUGCCGCUGGAUGGCAGUUGCGUGUCUGGAAAAUGCUUCUCCAGCUCAGCGGGAAACAAUGAAGGCUCACUAUGGGCGCGAUAAUCCACAAGAUGAAGCCAUAAUAAAGCAGUUAUAUUUGGACAUAAAUCUGCCGGAAAUUUAUGCCAAAUAUUCCAGGGAAAUCUACAAUCGCCUGUUGAAGACUGUGGAGGAAAAUUCCUCCGGGGAUUUGAAGAAAGUUUACCUCAAAUUGAUAGAAACUAUGACGUGCUCAAGAGCUGCAGGCGGUUUGUAUGCUUAACAGGUGACAAAUCAAUUGUAAAUCAA